AUGUAUUCCACAGAGAUCACUUUCGGGAUCGUGAUUUUGUUGCAGUUCUGCAUUGGUGUCGCAGUGAACAACUUCCUCCUCCUAUUUUUCACCCGCGUGAUCUCCGCCAGCCAAAAGCCCAGCUCCUCUGACCUGAUCCUCGCCCACCUGGUCUUGGCUAACAUCAUCAUCCUCCUUACCUGCGGGAUCCUAGAGACCUUGUCGGCUUGGGGGCUGAGAAAUUUCCUGGAUGACGCGGGAUGUAAAAUCCUCAUGUACCUGUAUCGAGUGGGCCGGGGUCUUGCCAUCUGCACCACCUGCCUCCUGAGCGUCUUCCAGGCCGUCACCCUCAGCCCCGGCACCUCCCGCUGGGCAAGAGUCAAAUUCAAAUUGCCCAGGAGCAUCCUCCCCUCCUGCCUCGUCUCCUGGGUCAUCAAUUUGCUGAUUGAUUUUGAUACAGUGAUAUACAUGAGAGGUCCCCAGAACGGCAGCGGAGUCCGAAUCAUAUUGGACCUCGAAUACUGCUCAGAAGUUAAUGACAGUGCAGAAGUGACCCUGGCCGUCACAAUCUUGUACUCUCUCCGCGAUCUGUUCUUCGUGGGGCUCAUGUGCGUGGCCAGCGGCUACAUGAUCUUUCUCCUGCACAGGCACCACCAGCAGGUGCGAUACCUCCACGCGCCCGGAUGCUUCCCCAAGGCGAUGCCCGAGGUCAGAGCGGCCAAGAGAGUCAUCGCCCUGGUCACCCUCUACGUCCUCCUCUACGGACGACAGACCAUCACUCUGUUUGUUUUAGUCAAUGCGAAAGCCAAGUCUCCUCUGUUGGUGAAGAGUCACAUGGUGUUUUCACUUACCUUCUCAGCCUUCAGUCCGUUCCUGAUGAUCCACAGCGACGGGAGAAUGCGGACAUUCGGUAAAAGGGGAUCUUCUGUGUCUGCUUUGGAUUCCUCCUAG